AUGGGUUAUGUCGAGGCUGUUAUGAAUAUGAAAAAAAUCAACGGUAGGAAAUUUCCGGUAAGUUAUUUUAAGUGGAAUGAAAGUUUUUGCGGUUGUUUUGGAAAAUUAGGUUUGUAAAGAAAGUUCUUGCCGUUUUAUAAGUUGUAAAGAAAGUUCUUGCCAUUUUACGUUUUGUAAAGAAAGUUCUUGCCAUUUUAUGUCUUGUAAAGAAAGUUCUUGCCGUUUUAUAAGUUGUAAAGAAAGUUCUUGCCAUUUUACGUUUUGUAAAGAAAGUUCUUGCCAUUUUAUGUCUUGUAAAGAAAGUUCUUGCUAAAACGGCUAAAACUGAGCACAUUUUGCUUUAUGCAACCUGCGGGUGACAAGUUAUACGUUAAACCAUAUUAUUGCAGUUUUCAGUAUUUUUUUGUCAUUUCAACGCUUGGAAAGAAAGUUUUUGCGUUUUAUAAUUUUUAAUUUCGAAUUCCUAACUUAAAAAGAUAUUUUUAUAUUAUUCUCAAUUCAAAAAUAGUUUCAAAUUUUUUUAAAACUAUUUAUUAUGUUUCAAAUCAAGACUAUAAAUAUAAAUACAUAAAGCUAUUAGAAUGCCAAACUAUAAAUAAAUUUAGGAUUAAAAUGAUAAAUUUAGCAUCCACCCAGACGCUAAAACCGGGUGGUUUGUGCUUUUUUGGUUCUAAGUCAGAUUAUCUGUGGAAAGUUUUGUAAUUCUUUCGAAUUACGGGAUUAAAUUUGAUUUAAACAUUUAAGGUCUUAAAUGCACUUUUAUUAAUUUUUUUAUUACAAGCCGCCUACCCAAAAAAAUUACAAUCUUUUAACCCCCUCCGUUUACCCAAAAAUUUUUUUAAUAAAGGUUAUACUUGGAUUGGCUUGGGUCAGCUCAGGCUGAAGCAAAUUUGAAGGCCAGGACAAGUCGGGAAAUUGGCCCAGGCUUAAACCUUUUACAAGCUCUACCUACUCUAUCACAAAACUUUUUUUGAAAAAGUUCCAAUUGGUUUAAUUUGGGUUCCCCCCUCCCAUCCAUUUACUUUUGGAAAACCUGCUUUGCUCCCUCCCUGUUGGGUCCAAAAAAAACAUUUUUUUAAUUUUAAAACCGCCAAAAAGAUUUUUCAUUUUUUGCCCAUGCCACUUCCGAUCAUCUACCUUUAUUUCGUUCUUUACACUCCAAGCAUCAAAUUCAAACCUCGGCCGGGUUUUGGCUAAUUUAAAUUUUACAUUUUAUAUCGAAAUUCGGCGGAAAUUUCACGUUUCGCUUGAACACGGAAAAUGUGUCAAAACUGACAAUAGCACGCAGAUUUUUAAUGCUGAACGACGUCAACGAGCAUAAUCAGAAUGGCAUUAUGCAUUCUAAUACUGUAGCUGUUGCUUUUUGUACUUUUAAACGGGAUUUUUGAAACUUUUGGCAAAAAAAAUUUUUUUUGGGAGCAGGGGUAGAAAAUAAGGAACAGGGGGGGGGGGGGGGGUUAACAAAAAUUUUGAGUGUUGUGAAAUUUAGAACAUGCUUUUUCUAAUAUUAAAAUUUUUCCAGAGAGACGCCUUCCCAGAGCCCACAUUCGACAAAAAUGCGCCGAUUUGUAUAGCUGGCCGUGAACCGUGCGGGUUUUACUCAUUCGGCCACAACUUUGGAACGACGCCUUUCAAGUGGGUCAAGUCUUGGUAAGUUGAUAUUAAAUAGAAUUUUAGACGAACGGUUUAAAAAUUAUCUAAUAAAACGCUUACUAAUUAAGAAAUUAUUUAAAAAAUGUCCUUUUUUGCGAAAAAAUCAACAAAAAGAUUGGUAUUUUAGAAAGCUAAGACUAGGGUUAAGGUUCAGACAUAGACACUGUCUCAAACUUAGGCUCAGGAUUUGGCUCAAGCUCAAACUCAAGCUCAGACUCAUGCUCAGGCUCAAACUCAGGCUAAGGUUCAGGCUCAGGCUCAGGCUCAGGCUCAGGCUCAGGCUUAGGCUCAGGUUUGGGCUUAGGCUCAGGCUCAAGCUCAAGCUCAAGCUCAGACUCAAAAGCAGGCUACUGCUAAAACUCAGGUUUAGGUACAGAUAUCACCAAAGAAAAAGACCAAUGAAAUUUGCCCGCUCUAAAAAGUUCAUUCAUAUUUGGGCAACUUAUGAGUUAAAUAGUUUUAGCUUACCGAGUUGCAUUUUUUAUUUAAACAUUUUUUUGAUUUGAAUUGUUGCGCUCUCAUUUAUCAGAAAAGGCGAACGUUCAGAAUACGGUGAAUUGUGUGAACGAAUUAAUCAUGAAUUUGGUCACGGCAAAAAGAUAAAUUGACAAAUUGGUUAUCAAUCGCCGCAUGAUAAGCUAUUUUUGGCAAUACAGUAGGUUUUUCAUUUAGAGAUGGUUAAAAAAUAGCAUUUUGUGAUGAAAAUUGAAAUUUUUAAAUUGAAAAUUUAAAAAAAUUUGAUUUUUAAAUCUUUGUUAUAUUAUACUAGGCUAAAAUGGUAAAAUAUGAUAUUUAAAACAGUUUUUGAGAUUAUUUAUUCAAAUACCAUCAUGUAGUCAAGACUACAAUUAAAAAAAAGUUCUUUUUAAUGAUCACUAAACAGGGCUGAUAAGAAACAUUUAAUAGAGUUGCAAACCUUGCACUGUGCAAAUAAAGCCUUUUUUAAAAGUAGCCUGCUAGUUAAAUUGGAUUCAAAGAAAGCGAUGUUGGUUCUUUGACCAAUAAAAUUACAUUAAUCAUCUCUUAUCGUAGCCGAUUCCGAGUUGUCAUUGAAUUCACGUUUUUUGGGGUAUAUUGUAGUAUGUAUUUAGUAGGCGGGGGGGGAGGUAUUUGUAGGGGACUGGGCUAAGAAUAGAGUUGAAGAAAGAAAUAGUGUAAAGACAAGCUAGAAAUGAGGCUAGGGCUCGAGUAAGCAUAUACAGACGGCAAAGCUUGGUAUCAGGGCAAGGUCUGGGGCUGCAGCUAAGGCACAGGACUAGGGCCUGGGCUAGAGCUUUGGGAAUAGGGCUCGGGGUUCUGGGCGAGAGCUCUGGGCUAAGGUUCAUGCUCAUGCUCUACUCAUGCUCAUGCUCAUGCUCAUGCUCAUGCUCAUGCUCAUUCUCAUGCUCAUGCUCAUGCUCAUGCUCAUGCUCAUGCUCAUGUUCAUGCUCAUUCUUGCUCAUGCUCAUGUUCGUGCUUAUGCUCAUGCUCAUGCUCAUGCGUAUGCUCAAGCUCAAGCUUGUGCAGCGCCAAAGUUUAAAAGAAGCAAAAACCCAACUUCCCAAAGAUAAUGUAAUCCCUUUUAUCACAAUUUUUUAUCAUUUAUCAAUGGAAAUUGCCCAAAAAUGGAUGUUUAACAUAAGUAAUUAAUAUCAAACAAUCAGCUGCUGCCUUUCUCUGACUUAUCACUUCCGUACCGCGCCCAGGAGCACGUGACGGAAGUACGAAGUUCAUCAUUGUCAAUAUUAUGAUAUUGAUAUCAAUGAGAAAUGUAGUAAUUUUGAUGCAAAUAAACCUUGGUUUAUCUUUACUUUGUACUAUAUUACAGUAAGCACUUUAGGUUGCAAGAAAUUUUCUUAUCAUUUAUUGAUUUUGAAGUUAGGUUGAGUAGGGUCAUAAGGGUUUAUAUUGUAAUAGGGUAGAAUAGAGAAGAGUAGAGUAGGGUCGGGUAAGGUAGGGUAGAUUAGAGUAAGACAGAGCCUUUCAAUAGAACCUAAGUCUCAAUAAAUCCAAGAAAAUCGAGAUUACAGUAGAUGAACUUCCAAAAAUUGACCUCAUACUAGCCUACAGACCUUAAUGACCAAAAAGAUCAAGGAGAGUCCAAAAUAGAGCGAAGAGACUGAUCUCGCUAAACUAUAAUAUAGUGUGUUUUAACCCCAGGGCAAAUACCACAAACCUUAUCGCUUGAUAAGCUGCGGUUUGACUUUGAGCAACCCAAAAAGACCACACGUGAAUUGAAAGUGACUGAUUAAGCUUUGAAAAGUUUGAAAACUCAUCAGAAAUUAAGAUUUUAAAAAUAUUAUAAAUUAAAAGUUUUGAUGACAAAUUAAACUUUAAAACAAAUUUUAAAAAGUGCAUCGAAAGUUCCAAACGUACCACUGUAGCCCCAACAAUACUAAUACCGUAUUAAAAGUAUCUAAAAGUGCUUCUGUAGCCUCAAUGACAAUACUACACAAAAGCAGCGCUGUAUUCUUAAAGUUACAAUUUUAGUACUAUAAUUAUCAGUGUAGCUCAAAUACUUUUAUAGCUCUAAAAGUACCUCUUGGAGCCCCAAGAAAACUAAAAUUGCCCUAGAACUCCCACUGUAGCCUUUAUAGUGCUUUUAAAGCCCCAAAAGUACCGCUGUAGCUCUAAGAAUACUUUAGUGCUAUGAGAACCCUUUAGCACUGAAAGUAUUUUAUAGUUUAGAAGAACUUUGGUAGCUAACUAUACUACUAAUACUCUAACGUACCACUGUAACUUUGAGUAUAUCUUCUUAUUUCUAAAAGUGCUACUGUCGCCCCAAAAAUCAUACUAUUCUUCUAAAACCACUAUAAGUAUUACUGUACCCCUAAAAGUACCCCAGUAACUCCAAAACUACAAUUACAAUACUAUAAGUAGUACUGUUGCUUUAAUAAUAUAAGUAAAGGAUUAACAGUCACUCUGUACAAUUAAAAGUAACAUUACGUAUCUAAUAAUGACUAAUUUCAGGUGCAAAUGCUCAGACGACCACGAAUGCGUCUUCGACCGUACCGACAUGAGAAUGCGAGUGUUUCGACAAGUUUGUGUAUCAAAGGAAUCGGCUCAAGAUAACACAGUCACCGACGACGAAGACGAAAUCAACAAUGAUUUACGAAACGAAUCGAAUCCGAAAGACAAAAAGAAGCACCGCCGUUCCGUGCACAAACAUUCACAUCACAAGCGGAGACGGAGAGAUUAA